AUGUCAUCAGUAUUCAAAAAAAUACCAGACUCAGAAAGAAAUAUCAACGCAUCAUUAUAUUUUGGAAACAUAGAUCCACAAUGCACAGAAGUAUUAAUGUAUGAAUUAUUUUUACAAUUUGGUCCCAUUAAGAAUCUUUACAUGCCAAAAGAUAGAAUAAACAAGAUUCAUCAAGGUUAUGGUUUUCUAGAGUUUAAAAAUCCAUUAGAUGCAAAAUAUACUGAAGAUAUACUACGAGGUGUAAGAUUAUUUGGUAAACCACUAAAGUUAAAAAAAUUAGAUAUUAAAACACAACAACCUUCAUCUACUCAAUACAAGCAAAUUGGUACAUUUGUUGAUUUAAAACUGAAUCUACUAAAUGAUAAGUUCGUGGACGUGGGAGCCAAACUCUUCAUAAACAACCUUAAUCCAUUAAUUGAUGAGAAAUUCUUGCUAGAUACUUUUUCAAAAUUUGGUACAAUAAUAAAACAACCAGAAAUUAAAAGAGAUGAAGAAGGUAAAAGUUUAGGUUAUGGAUUUUUAACAUUUGGAGAUUUUGAAAUUAGUGAUUUAGUUAUUGAAAAAAUGAAUAAUGUCAUAUUAAUGAAUUCCAAAAUUAACAUAAGUUAUGCUUUUAAAAAUGACGUUUCAAGUAUUAAUGGAAAAAGAUUAAGACAUGGUGAUAAAGCUGAAAGAAUUUUGGCUGAAAAUGCUAAACAAAAUAAUGUUAUAAAGAAGGCAGAGUUAUCUCAAGAAUUAGAAGAGUUAAAUCAUCAGAAUGAUCAACCCCAGAAAAAGAAAAGAAAACUUAGUGUUAAUAAUGAAGAUGAAAUACCAGUUACUAAGAUAAAAUUAAUUGACAAAUCAUUUGAAAUUACUGAAGAUUAUGAAAAUGAAAAUGAUAUACCAAAAGAGCUUGAAAUAAAUGAUUCAAAUGUGAAAUUAACGUGUCUACGUGAUGGCAAAUUGAUUAUAAAAUAUUCAAGUAAUAGACUGAUACCGUUAUUUGAUUUAAGACUUUCUGGGGAUGAGGAUUUAAAAAGUGAUAUAGUUUUACUAAACAAAUGUAGUGCAAAAUAUGGCCUUUUAGGAGACAUACGUUUUAACUUCAAAUUCAGUAAUGGGAAAAUUACAUUAAAAUUAUCAUAUCAAGUAUACUAUUUACCCAGUUUAGAAAAUGUAAUAAAGAUUGAAAUCAAAGAAGCCUUGCUUCAUGUCAUUAGUAAGCAAGAUGAAAAUUUCAAUAAGUCAAAUAAUGUUCAAAUUACUCCUCAAAUUUUUUAUCAAAGUAUAUGUGAUCAUACUAGAGAAAUGCCACCAUAUGAACAAGAAUUUGAUAUUCCUGAAUUAGAAACUAAAUUAUUACCAUUCCAAAAGAAAACUGUUAAUUGGAUGUUAGAAAAAGAAAGUGCAAAACUAAAUCAUGAAACAAAUAGAUGUGAACAAGUUACUUAUUUUACUGAAGAUGAUUUAAAUGAUACUAAUAAAAUUUUGGAAAUAAUUAAUAAAUCAUGGUUUGGAUGGAAAUUGGUAAAUAUAUCAGAUGAACAAGUAUUUUUCAAUGCCUAUACUGGUCAUAUUGCUACAUUUGAACAAAUCAAAGAACAUAUGGUUGAAUAUUUGAAUGAUGAAGAUAAAGCCUCGUGUCCAACAGUUUUACCAGCUAAAGCGUUGUUAAGCGAAGAAAUGGGUUUAGGUAAAACAGUUGAAACAGCAUCAGUCAUAUUAUUAAAUCAAAGACCAAUUGAUGAAAUUGAUCGUAAAAUUACCUUACCGAUAAAUGAAUUUGGAGAUGAUAAAACAAUAGUCGCUGGUCGAACUACAUUAGUUAUUGCUCCUGUUUCAAUUUUGAACCAAUGGAAAGAGGAAAUGAUGUCAUUAGCUCCGACUUUAUCUAUUACUGAAUAUAAAGGUAUAAAUAGUUAUUCCAUGUUUGAUAAUAAACCUGCAAUUAUUGCUGAUUAUUUAAGAAAAUUUGAUAUUGUAUUCACUACAUAUAAUGUUAUUGCAAAAGAAUUAGAUUAUGCAAGAUUUAGUAGUAAAUUAAGAAAAACAAGAGCAUCUAAGAAAAAUACAUUAUAUGAAGAAGAAAUCCAACAAGUACCAUCACUGAGUAGUGGAGCUGAAGAAGAAACUUUUGAGAAAAGUUACAAAUCCAUGUUUCAAUUGACUGAAAUUAGGAAACCUGAUCCAGCUAAUGCCAAAAAGAGUAAAGAACAAAAAGAAACAGAUUAUGAAAAAAUAUUACAAAAGGAAAUUAAAUUAGCAAUGAAACAUAACAAACUCCCACACUGUUAUACAAGAAAUGAAUACGAAAGUCCUUUAAUGCUUAUACAAUUUUGGAGAGUUGUUUUAGAUGAAGUUCAAAUGGUUUCGCUGACGUUUUCAAGAGCCUUUCAAUCAGCUGCAUUAAUUCCAAGGUUUCAUGGAUGGGGGGUUUCUGGUACACCUAUAAAAAAGGAUAUAAGAGAUUUAUUAUCAUAUUUAAAAUUUUUAAAAGUAUUUCCUUUUAAUACUCCUUCAGGAGAUUUUGCAUUUAAAAUAUUAUUACAAAAUUCAAUAGAUUUCAUCAAAUUUUGGUCAGAUACAGCAAUCAGACAUACAAAGGCGUUGGUUCAUGAUGAUAUUAAAUUGCCACCACAAAACAGAGUUCUUUUAACUAUUCCAUUCACUGCAAUUGAGCAAGAAAUGUAUAAUGAACAAUUUAGUCAAUGUUUAAAUUCAAUUGGAUUAGAUAAAAAUGGAAAUCCCACGUCUGAUAAUUAUGAAUUAACAUCAAAUACUUUAACAUUAAUGAAAAUGUGGUUAUCAAGAUUAAGACAAUUGUGUUGUUCACCACAAGUUGGUAGAAUGCACUUGGAUUCAAAGAGAGCAAGACGUGCAAACUUUAGAGGUGAUGGAAUGGCGUUUGUUGAUUCUUUGAAAACUUUAGAUCAAUUGUUAGACGAAAUGUUGAGUAAACUGUAUGGUGAUUUAUCAGAUGUUGAAAGAAAAAAUAUGGAUGUGUUUGCAAAAAUUACUGAUCUUUUGGAGUAUGUUUAUUAUCCAGAUAAAUCAAAAUUUUAUUUGGAAAUUGGGAUCAAACAGAUUAGAGAUAUAGUUUAUCGUCUUGAAGUUAUAUUGAAUAGAUUAAUUGAUGAAUAUAAAAAGGAUACUAAUGUUAAUUUUGAAGAUGAUGAUGAAAUUGGAAGAGAUAAAAAAGAUGAACAAACUGAAAAUUAUAAAGAAGGUAUGAUAUUCGGUUUCAGAACUAAAUUAAGACUUUGGUUACUAUUAUUACAUAGAUUUUACUUUAUGUAUGCAUCAGCUAAUUUUCAAUUACAUAAUAAUGAAUUUCAAGAACUUGUUACAAAAUAUAAAGUUAUAGUUGAUAUUGAUGAAUGUUUAGGUUCAAGUGUAAAAGAUUAUGAGGGUGUUCCUAGAGCAAAUCAUCUAGCAUCUUUAGUUAGUUCUGCUCCAGAAACUGCUUUUGAAAGAGAAAUUUUAUCAGUUGAUUUAGGUUCUUACCAAGAAAAUGAAACAAAGUAUUAUGAAUUAGCUGAUGAUAUAAGAGCUAAAAUUUUAGCGGGAGUUGUCAAACAAUUGAAAAAAGCAAUAGAUACUAGAAUUGUUAAUCGUGGUUUUUUAUUCCCACAAGAUUCAGUUGCUGAAGAUAGUGGUGAAGAAUUAAUACCAAAAACAUCAAGAAAAUUUUUCAAUCAAAUUCCCAGAAUCAAUGUUCAAGAUUUGAAAGAUUUGGUAAGUUCACCAAAAUUAUUAGCUUAUAUUAACAAGUUACUGAAGUUAGUUGUUGAAUUAAAUUCCAAAAGUGAAAAUAUAAAUUCAGAAUUCAAGAGUUUAGUUGAUAUACUUUGUGAAUCGGUUGAAACAGUUGAAAAUCAAGAUGCAGCAGUAACUGAAACUGUUGAAAAUCAAAAUGGAUCAGUAAAAAAUAAAGCUGAAAAUCAAAAUGGCUCAGUAAACAAUAGAGCUGAGAAUCAAGGUGUAUCAACAGAUGAAGGAGCUGAAAAUCAGGAUCCAACAAAUUAUGAACAAAAUUUAGAAGCACAACAAAAAGUCGAAGAUUUAUUAUCAGCAUUAGAUCGUAAAAUUUUACAAAGAAAACAUUUAAUUACUGGUCUGCUCGAAAAAACUUUCCAUCCUUUACAUCCUUCAAAUUCCAAUGAUUUUACAAGUUUAAUUUCGGAAUUAUCAACUAUCGAAGAAGAAAUUAAGGAAACUCAAUCAAAAACAACUGCAAUAGAAUUAGAAUUAAUUGAAGCAUUAAGUUCAAAAAUUAGAAUCAUAUUUGAUAAUCAAAAAUUUGCUCAAUCGUCAAUUGCAAAAGAAUUAAAUGUUAAUUGUAAUGCUGUUUUCAAUGCAAGAAUUGAAUACUUCAAACAAUUACAACAGAUUUCAGACUCUGUUGAAACUACAAAAUACCCAUACAUGGAUAGAACCAAAUUAUCUUCUCAUGAUAUUGAGCAUAGACUCAAUCAUUAUAAAAGAUCUUUUGAACUAAAUAAUUCUUCAAUUGAUACUCAUAUUGGUAGAUUUAGAUAUUUAACAGAAUUAGUUAAAGAAACCAAAAAUGGUGGUAAUAAUGAAGAAAAUGGUCCAAAUGAUGUGUUAUUAUGUGUUAUUUGUAGAUCAGGUAUUACAUUGGGUUCAUUAACAAAAUGUGGUCACAAAUAUUGUAAAGAAUGUCUUCAACAUUGGUUAAGAAACUCAAGAACAUGUCCCGUAUGUAAAACCAGAAUUGAACCACACACUAUUUAUAAUUUUACAAGAUAUGCACCAGAAUUAAAAGCUCAAGAAGUUGUUAAUGAAAAUGAAAUUAACCAUAAAGGUGGUGCAAAUUUUAAUUCCAUAUAUAAAUCGUUAGAUCCAACUGUUAUUCAAGAAAUUGGAGAAAUCACAUUAAAUGCAAGUGUUAGUUCAAAAGUAGAUAUGAUUGUAAAACAAGCAUUAUAUUUGAAAAAAAAUAAUCCAUCUGUACAAAUUGUUAUUUUCAGUCAAUGGCAAGAUAUGCUUUAUAUUUUAAGUAUGGCUUUAAAAACAGCUGGUGUAUCAUUUAUUGAAUCGAAGGGGGUAUUACCAAUUGAUAAUAAAACGAUAUCAAAUUUUAAAAAUAAAUUUGAAAAUGGAUCAAUUGAAAUGUUCAAAAAUCCAGUUAAUGAAAUCACUUGUUUCUUGCUAAAUGCAAAAGCUCAAUCUGCUGGUAUUAAUUUAGUUAAUGCUACACAUAUUUUCUUUUGUGAACCUUUGGUUAAUACAUCAAUUGAAUUACAAGCAAUAUCAAGAAUUCAUAGAAUUGGUCAAACUAAACCAACAACGGUAUGGAUGUUUGCUAUUGAAAAUACAGUUGAAGAAAGUAUUAUUGUAACAUCAACAAAUAAAAGAUUAAAAUUAAUGGCCAAGACAAAUGAUACCGAAAAAAAUGGUUCUUCAGAAGUAGUUAAUGAUGAAGAAGAAUUAAACGGUAGUAUUUUACCAACUACUAGCAAUGAAAUAAAAUUAAGUGAAGCAGAUUCAGUUAUAUUGAAUGGUGGAUUAGUUGAUGAAAUGUUGGAAAAAAAAUUAAAAACUGGUGAAAAUGUAAAUAAUAAUGAUUUAUGGCAUUCAUUUUUCAGUUCAAGAUUACCUUCAAAUGAUUUAGGUUUAUAA